UUUGAUAACUGAUAUGGCGGCGUCAUCACAAGUUAAUUAAAGGGAAAGCCCUACACUUUUUUUUUGUUAUUUCUCUUUUGUUUUUUUCAUCAAAGAUGUCUGAUAUCACUACUCGCCAAGUCGGUGCCCUUUACUCUCUUGACUACAAGCUCUACUUUGAAAAGAACGGUGUCCCCGUCUCUCCUUUCCACGAUAUCCCUCUUUUCGCCAAUGCUGAAAAGAACGUCUUCAACAUGGUUGUUGAAAUCCCUCGUUGGUCCAACGCUAAGCUUGAAAUCUCCAAGGAAAAUGCUAUGAACCCUAUUAUCCAAGAUACCAAGAAAGGUAAGCUUAGAUUCGUUCGUAACUGUUUCCCCCACAAGGGUUACAUCUGGAACUAUGGUGCCUUCCCCCAAACUUGGGAAGACCCUAACCACUCUCACCCCGAAACCAAGGCUCGUGGUGAUAACGAUCCUAUCGAUGUCAUUGAAAUUGGUGAGCAAGUUGCUUAUCCCGGUCAAAUCAAGCAAGUCAAGAUCCUUGGUGUCAUGGCUCUCUUAGAUGAAGGUGAAACUGAUUGGAAGGUCAUUGCUAUUGAUGUCAACGAUCCUUUGGCUUCCAAGUUGAACGAUAUCGAAGAUGUUGAAAAGUACCUUCCUGGUCUUGUUCGUGCCACCAACGAAUGGUUCCGUAUUUACAAGAUUCCCGAUGGUAAGCCCGAAAACGUUUUCGCUUUCAGUGGUGAAGCCAAGAACAAGAAGUACGCUACUGAUAUCGUUCUUGAAACCCACGAAGCCUGGAAGGGUCUCAUCAACGGUACCUCUGACAAGAAGGACAUUGAAGUUGUCAACACCUCUGUUGAAGAAUCUCCCUUCAAGCAAGAUACUGUUGAAAUCCCUGCUGCUUCUCCCGAACCUGCUGCUCCUAUUGAUCCCUCUAUUGACAAGUGGUUCUUCAUCUCUGGCCACACUUUGUAAAUUCCUUUCUUAAGUUAAUUCAAUAAAGAACAAAAGCUCUUUUGUAACAAGUCCA